AUGGCUGCUACAGCGAGCCAACCCAUGACCCAGACUGUUCCAUCUUACCAACGCGUCGAACCCGGCUCUGUCAAUAUUCACGUUGCUGAUGUUUCUAAAAUCAAAACAACCAAGCCAGAAAACGUCGAAGAAUCAACAGCAGAAUGGGUCAAAUCUUUUAACAAAGCAAUUCAAACUCCCGGAUUCGAGGCUCUUUCCGACCUCUUCCUACCCGAGGCAUACUGGCGUGAUCAUAUGUGCUUGGCUUGGGGCUGCAACACAUUCAAAGGCCCGGAAGCUAUGAAAAACUUCCUUAAGAAAGGCUGCAGAUUGAGGAACGUUGAGAUCGACAAGAGCAGUGAUUUCAGAAAGCCGGUCAUUAUGGGAUUCGAUGGACAAGGCAAGAUUCAAGGUAUUCAGACAUUCUUGACUACUGAUUCAGAUGUUGGACGUGGAUUAGGUGUCGCGAGAUUGGUCCUGCAAAACGGGAGGUUGAAGGCGUUUACGCUUUUCACUUCAAUGAGGGAGAUCAAGGGGCAUGAGGAGACUACGUAUGGGCGCAGACCCGAGGGUGUAGCGCAUGGUGGACAGCCGGGACGAAAGAAUUGGCGAGAACGACGUCUUGAAGAUGAGAACUUUGAAAAGGAUGACCCGACAGUCUUGAUUCUUGGUGCUGGCCAAGGUGGUCUUACUCCUGCCGCGCGCCUGAAGAUGCUGGAAGUUAGUACACUGAUCGUUGACCGCAACGAGCGAGUUGGAGAUAAUUGGCGGAACAGAUAUCACCAGCUUGUGCUACAUGACCCCGUUUGGUAUGACCACAUACCCUACAUACAUUUCCCUCCCCAUUGGCCCAUUUUCACGCCUAAAGACAAGCUUGCCGGUUUCUUCGAGACCUACGCCCAAUUGCUCGAGCUAAAUGUUUGGAUGAGCACCACCGUCAAAUCCUCGAAAUGGGAUACAACAAAGAAACGCUGGGAUGUUGUUCUCGAGAGGUGUAAGGAGCCCGGAAUCGUCGAGACUCGUGUCCUCCACCCCAAACAUAUCAUCCAAGCUACUGGUCACUCUGGCGAGAAGAACUUUCCCUCUCAUAUCCCCGGAAUUUCAAGUUUCAAAGGCGAUCGACUGUGCCACUCCUCGGAGUUUUCGGGUGCCAAGAUGGAAGGAAAAGGUAAGAAGGCAAUAGUGGUCGGGUGCUGCAACUCAGGACACGACAUCGCGCAAGACUUCUUCGAAAAAGGUUACGACGUUACCAUGAUCCAGCGAUCGUCUACAUGUGUCAUCUCCUCCAAGGCAAUUCUCGAGAUUGGACUUGCGGGACUUUACGAUGAGCAAGGCCCACCUGUCGAAGACGCCGACGUAGUAUGCUGGAGCAUCCCAUCUUCCGUCCUGAAAUCAAUCCACCAAGAUGUAACAGCCGCCCAGAACAAGCAUGACGAAAAACUCCUUGCCGGUCUCGAAAAAUCAGGCUUCAAAAUCGAUCAAGGCCCCGACGGUGCUGGUCUGUUUAUGAAAUACUUCCAGCGUGGCGGAGGAUACUAUAUCGAUGUCGGUGCAUCUCAACUUAUCAUUGACGGCGAUAUCAAAAUCAAGCAAGGGCAAGAAAUCGUGGAAAUCUUGCCUAAUGGGAUGAAAUUCGGCGAUGGCACCGAGCUAUCUGCCGACGAGAUUGUGUUUGCUACUGGCUAUAAGAAUAUGCGAACCCAGGCGAGAAGUAUAUUCGGCGACGAGUUGGCAGAUCAGGUUAAGGAUGUGUGGGGCUUUGAGGAAAAUGGUGAGAUGAGGACUAUCUGGCAAAAGACUGGCCAUCCUGGCUUCUGGUUCUUUGGUGGGAACUUGGCGCUUUGUAGAUAUUGGUCUCGGAUGAUUGCGUUGCAGAUCAAGGCACUUGAGGAGGGCAUUUGCGAGUAUAAUGAUCGUUAG